GCUUCGGAGAAAUAGAUGCAGCAUUGAUUUAGGUAACUGAUUUGUUCUGAACAACCUGAAUGGGUCCCUCCAACCCAAUAUUCCAGUGCUUAAUGAGUCAUCAAAUUUCUAAUUAAUUUGGUAAUCUGAACUUAAAAAUUGUAACUUGAGAAUUUGCCUUUUCGUGUUAACCUUCAUUACGUCACUAAUCAUAAGUUGUUAUUGGCUGCUUGAGUUUUAUGCAUUAUGCUUCUGUAGUCUGGUGGUGAGUUUCCCAUAGGAAAUGUUCUUGCCUGAGAUUGACUUUUACGCCAUUAGUCUUCGUUUUUACUUUUGAAUUCUUUCACCCACGACAUGAUUUCUUGUCACUUAUUGAGCACAUAAAUGUAUAUGUGCCUGCGCGUGUUUAUAUCCACAUUAGAUGCAUAUCAAGCACCACAUAAAAGCACUAGAGCUGCUCACUAACGGGGUCAUUGCAAUAAUUUGUUUAAACCUUAUGCUCAUGUAAGCCUAACAACUGUAGCUUUACUUUGCUAAAUUGGCCCACUUUUCCAACUUUAUCAUCCUAUAAAAGCCCAUCAUUCCUCCUGCUGUUAUUGCCUGCCUCUCCAUCAGUAAUCUGUUAGACAAACCCCCUGAAGCCACUAUCAAAAAAAUUCCAGAUAUGAUUCCUGGUGAAAUCACUGGCCUCCAGUUUUUUCCACCUGAAAACUCUUUUCAAAUUCCUUCAAACAUUGGCAUGAUGCAAAACAGCUUUCAGACCCUCCAUCAUUUCAAUGGCCUUCUAGGCAACCUACCUUUGUCUCACAUCCCUUAUCCCGGCCAUGAAUUCCUUGCACAAUCCUCGAGUAUUAGCUACAACUCAACAUCUGAUGAAGCAGAGGAACAACAGAAGAGUAUUAUUGAUGAGAGAAGGCAGAGGAGAAUGAUUUCUAAUAGAGAAUCAGCUCGUAGAUCACGGAUGAGGAAACAGAAGCACCUCGAUGAGCUCUGGUCUCAGGUGGUUCGGCUUCGGACAGAGAAUCAUAAACUAAUAGACAAGUUGAACCAUUUAUCUGACUGCCAUGAAAAGGUUCUUUUGGAGAAUGCCAGGCUCAAGGAAGAAGCCUCUGAUCUUCGUCAGAUGCUCGGUGACCUGCAAAUUGGCAGCCCUUACACUGCUUGCUUGAGUGAGCUUGAAGAUAUCCCCUGCAACACUGCACAUCUCAGAGCUGAAUCUUCAUCAUACCAGUCCAUCACCAACUUCAUAGACAACCUACUCCAUUGAGGAGAAAUCUUUCAACUUUCUGAUAAGAACUUAUUGUUCUUUCUGUCUAGUUUUCUUAUUAGUCAUCAGUCUUUGUUUUGAGCUUGUACGAGAUCAGUAGUAGAAUAAGAUUGUUUCAAGUUUGAAGUAGAGGUUGAAUCCGGAGUCUUCUGAGUACCUGUUAAAAUUAGCAUUCAUGAAACGAAUUGCUAUCUGCCCGCCGCAUAUACAUGGAUGAAGCUGGAGGAGCAAAGUACCUGAAAAUGAUAUAUUCUCAUUAGAUCAUGAAUGCCUGAAUCAUAGCUUCAUAAUUUUCCUUUUUAAACCCCAUCAGCUUACAUCAUUAAAGUUCCACCAAACAGAGAAAUGGAUAAGAAACAGGAAACAAUUUAACAGAGGAAGUAAGAUUUUUGUCCAUUGAGCAAAGUCUAUGGUGGAAAAACAACCAACUUUCUGCACAUAAUAAGAGGGGCACAGUAGGACAAGCCAUGGUGGAGGGUGCUGCUGUUAGUGGCUCAUCAUUGAAAUGAAUACCAUAAGAGACCAAGCUUUUGAAAAUGGUAUCCACUAGAACAAUCACCCUAUUACCUUGUUAUUAUUAUUAUUAUUUUUUUGUCUGUUAUAGUUCUUUUGGAAGCUGAUUUUAACAAUUAAGCUUAACAGUUCAUAUCUUAUUGUUUACUGUUCAAUCAGUCGGAAACCUCAGAGAAAAUAAUUUGAUUCUCUCUCUCUCUCUCUCGUUAAGGGAAAAUUAGAAUCUGUUGUAUAACAGUGUAACUUGGUCUUUAACUGAGCCAUUUCAGGCUGCACUGUUAUGAACCAUUCAGAAGUGUCUGGAUCAGAGGUGACGUUUCAGGCGCUGGUGUGUGGAGACUGAAACUGUAGCCAGUUUUCUGCAAGUAGACUGGAAAUCUGAUCUGAUCAUAAAGCAUAAUGGAUCUAAUUAAGUGGAUAUGGAACCGACAUAAUGAUAAUAUCUUUUGACAUACAGGCAGCCGAAUUGAUUUUCUAUUGCCUUGAAUACAUGGUCUAAAAAUUUGCUUUGUA